CAUCAGUACCGAAGAGUCCGGAUCCGGGUCCACGUGAAAGCCGCCUCUGCCUCACUGUAAACAAUGGCUGACCUCAACUACGAUAAAAUUGGCGAGGAACUCGAAAAACAGGAGUUAGAUGCUCCUAAUGGGGUUCCUCCAGCACAUGUGUAUGAGCAGCUUCUUACUAUCUACUUGCUACAAAAUGAUCUUACUGGAGCCAAAUUUCUCUGGAAGCGUAUACCUUCAAGCACCAAGAAUGCUACACCAGAACUUGCCCUUAUAUGGGAGGUUGGUCAGCACCUAUGGCAGCGGGAUCUUCCAGCUGUGUAUGCCGCCCUCAAGCAAGAGUGGUCAAUAACUGUUAAGGACAUCAUGAAGGCUGUGCAUGAUCAUGUACGUCAGAGAGCUGUGGAUCUUGUUGCACGCGCUUAUACAUCCAUUAGUGCUGAAGACUUUGCUCAGUUAGUUGGUAUGACUGUAGAUGAAGCAGUGAUAGCAGCAAAAGGACAUGGUUGGGGAUAUGAUGAGCCAACACGAAUGAUCCUCCCUGUUCCACAAGCUCCUCAACCGCAUACCCCAACACCAUCAGAAGAGCAGCUGCGUAGACUCGCAGACUAUGUUUCUUUUUUGGAAAACUAGCGUAAAAUAGGCUAAAUAUAAGUAAUCCUGGAUUUGUUUAUGUAUAUGUAUGUGUGUGUGUGUGUGAAUAUGUAUAUAUUCAUACAUACAUAAUGAUUUGAUGUGCAAGUUUUUCACAAGUAUAUUAGAAGAUUUUAUGUAAUUGUGUUUAUACUAAAUACUACCUAAUUGUACAGUAUUUAUGUGUGGCAACAACUGAAACGGUCACUCUCAAUGCAUAUUCCAUCUUGGGUAUUGUAGAGCAAAGUUACUGCUUGUAUUUCAUGCUUGAAAUUUUUUCAAAGAUCACAAAGAGUUUGUUUGGAAUACAAUAGUUAGUUUUUGAAAGUUAUUAUCAAUAGUAAUGGCCUAUAUUAUUAUUCAAUCAUGGUAUAUGUAUUUGUUUAGCAAUUUUAGUAAGUGAUGAAAAGUGGCUUUUUGAAAUGGUUUACACAGAAUGCUGUCACUUCAGAUAACUAAAAUAAUAUACAAUAAAAAUAAUCAGUACUAGAUUGUUACUGUUCCUAUAAGUAUCUCGAGAAAAUUAAAGUUGUCAGUGGCAGUAUUGGAUCAAGAUGAAAGAAGUUGCUGGGUGCAUGCAGCCUUCCCAGUGUAAGUUCACGCCAAAUUUCAGUUUCAUUCAAAGCAUUGAAUGGCUGGAUGAUGGUAGACUGGUGAAGACAGUGUAUUAAAGUGAAUCGAGGGUAGGACAAGAUAAAUCCAUGGAAGAAGGUGGGACUUUGGGAGUGUGAGGAAUAUAGGCAACACAUGGAAUACAGCUGGGUAGUAGUAGUUUGCAAAUAUAGUAAAUUAAUUUGUAUGAAAUGUAAAUGACAAUUCAUGAGUGCUGUUCACUUGAUAUUAUAUUCCUUAAAACUGGCCACAUUGUAAAACCUUUAUUUGAAAGGCUGUUGUGUGGAGAGGCCCACAGCUACACACCAUUUACAACUCAUCUGAUCUGGUUAUUUGUGAUACUAUAAUUUAUACUAUGAAUGAUAAUGAAAGGAUAAAUGAUA